AUGAACACGCAAUCAUCCCAGUGGUCUGUGCCAAAAGUGUCGCGCUUGUGGUCGGCCAAAGGUGAUGAAAAUUGCUCGCCACCGCGUUCUGACGAUUAUAAGGAUUGGUCGCUAAUGCAGCUCAAGCGCGAGAUCACAAAGCGUCAGCUGAAGACCAACCCACGCCGUCGUAAUAAGGAUGCAUUCGUACGUGUGCUGCUCGCAAAUGAUCUGGAUCAGAGCCAAACGCCGAGAGUUUCUCAAAAUCAGACGCAGCAAACGUUAGAAGAAUCUGCUAUAUUUGUACCUUCUUCGGAGCUUCAUGGUAUUUAUGAUGGAGAUCAAGCGCCGCAACAAGAGCAAAAGGAUGUGUACGCGACACAACAACAAUCUCAGCAAAACAUUUAUAGAAGUAGUGGAGGGCAGCAGCAGCUUCAACAGGAUGUAUAUGGAACAAAUGUAUUGCAACAGCCUCAGCCUCAGCACUCUGAACUGUAUAAUGGACAACAGCAGCGACAGAAUCUGUAUAUGGAGCAUUCUCAUCAGCAGGAUGUCUAUACUAAUGCUGGAGAGCAGUCUCAGACAUUUAUAUCCAAUGAAAUGAAUUCAAAGAUGCUGCAGCCUGCGUCAUUGACGCCUCUAGCUCAAACACCAACGCAAAGCUCGGUAGAGGUCACAGUUGUCUCUACUAAUCCUGAUGCUGAAAAAAAGUCUUCAGAAAAGUAUAUGACAUUUAAACGACAGCGGAUAGAACAAACGGAACACAGAAAGGAGGAAAGUGAAAAUGCACAAAAUGCGAAAUUGGAUAUGGGGAAGACAACACUUUUCUCACAUCAAGGAAACAAAGGAUCGACGGAGUAUUUAAGACGAAAGUUGAGUAUUCAGGCAGCACACGUUGAGAUUAAAAGCCGACGGUUGGACAUUGAAAUCAAGCGAGAGCAACGCAAGAGCGAGCUUCAUGCGGUGCAGCUUGCAUUAGCAAAAGAACAGUUGCAACAGGCCAAAUUAUCUUCUCAAAAGAUGAAGUCAGAGUGGGUGGUUGAGCAAUUGAUACACAAAAAGCGAUUGAAUGAUGCGGGAAUUUCGCAAGAAGAUUCAGCUGCGCUUGGAAUGUAUUUGUCAUGA